AUGCGUACCAAGAAAGAUGUCACCCUGGCCGUCAAGCAAUUUGAAAAAGAGAUUGGAGUCCCCCAUGCAAUUGUCUGUGACGCGGCAGGUGAGCAGACGUCUAUUGAACUCAGAAGAUUCCUAAAUAGCAUUGGGACCACUAUCCGGGUCCUCAAACAAGGAACCCCGUGGGCCAAUCGAGCUGAACUGUAUGUAGGAUUAAUGAAAGAGGCAGUCCGUCGUGACAUGAGGGACUCCAACUGCCCCUUCGUCUUCUGGGAUUAUUGUGUUGAGCGAAGAGCUCGUGUCAACAACUUGACUGCAAAAGAUUCGUUUCAAUUGCGCGGUCAAACCCCCCAAACCGAAGUAACCGGAGAUCCAGGCGACAUUUCGAAUUUGUGUCGUUUUGGCUGGUACGAGUGGUGCUAUGCCAUGAAUAAGAACAUUGCUUUUCCACACAACAAGGAAAUCCUUGGGAGAGUUCUUGGCCCAGCAACCGGUAUGGGGAAUGAGAUGUGUCAGUGGGUAUUGCAAGGUAACGGAACAGUCAUCUCCCGUCGCACCGUCCGCCCACUGAAGACUGAAGAAAUCCAUUUGCCUGAAGAAGAACAAAAGAGACAACUCUAUGAUAGCUUGAUUGAAAAGAAGCAUGGCCCUAGCUUCAUCAAACUUGAGAAGGAUCUUGAUUCUGAGGAGGAUGGUACCACCACAAAUGCUCAUAAUAUGUCAAAUGGAGUUGCUUCAGAGGAGGAAGAGGAUCAUUGGGAACUGUACGAAGAUGAUGAACAGUUUGCCCGGCCGAUGCCUGACGUUGAGGAUCAACUUGACAUUCAUGGUCAUUUGAUCAACCAACAGCCGGCAUAUGACCUUUUGCUGAAUCUGGAAAUCCGUAAUGAAUCUGGUGAACAUGGAAAGGUUGUCCAACAAAUUGUUAGUCCUGAUGGCCGCCAAAUGGGCUCGUACGAUGAAAAUCCUGCAUUGAAUACCAUUAUGUACGAAGUCGAGUUCAAUGAUGGUGCUAUCAAGGAAUAUGGCGCGACAACUAUUGCCGAAAACAUUCUAACCCAAGUCGAUGACGAUGGAUUCUCUAGCCCAAUGCUCAAAGCAAUCGUGGACUGGAGGAAAGAUCCGAAGACAGCUGUGAGAAAGAAGGACCAGUAUGUCCAAUCUCAUAGUGGCAGACGUCAACGUAAGACCACAAAGGGUUGGGAGCACAAGAUUCUCUGGAGUGAUGACAGCCACAGUUGGAUUGAUUUGAAGGAUAUGAAAGAAUCGAACCCUGUAGAUGUGGCCGAGUUUGCAGUUGCAAAGAAGAUUGAUGACGAACCUGCCUUCAAAUGGUGGGUACCGUACACUAUUCGCAAGCGAGAUGUGAUUAUUUCAGCAGUGAAAUCAAGAGCAAGAAAGACCACAGACAAGUACGGUGCUGAAUUACAAACUAGUGUGGCACAUGCAAAGAGACUUGAUGCUCAAAAUGGAAACAACCUGUGGAUCACAGCGUUGCAAUUGGAAAUGACGCAGCUUGGUGUUGCGAUUGAGCUACAAGACAAUGGGAUUCAAGCUCCCCCAGGAUGGUCCCAAAUAUCGGGACACCUGGUCUGGGAUGUGAAGAUUGACUUCACCCGGAAGGCUAGAUGGGUCCUAGACGGACACAAGACGCCUGAUCCAACUUGUUCUCAAUAUGCUGGAGUGGUGUUGAGAGAGAGUGUGCGCAUUGCGUUCACCUACGCUGCAUUGAAUGAUCUCGAAGUAUGCAUGGCGGACAUUAGAAAUGCAUACCUCCAAGCCCCGUCGUCACAGAAGGAUUAUAUCGUUUGUGGCCCAGAGUUUGGAUUGGAAAACGUUGGCAAGGUUGCUCUUAUUCAUCGUGCAAUUUAUGGCGGCAAAACUGCUGGACGUGUUUUCAGAAAUCAUCUACGUGCUUGUAUGCGACACCUGGGAUUCGAGUCUUGCCCGGCCGACCUGGAUGUUUGGAUGAGGCCUGCUAUUAAAGCCGAUGGACAAGAAUAUUAG